AUGGCUCCGUCGCUCUCCACGGUAGCCCUGGGCGCACCAGCCGCUCUGGCAGGAUUGGCCUAUCUGAAUGCUCGAUGGCGAGUCUCGGUCGACCUCGAACUUAUCCUCAGUCUCAUCGCCUCCCAGAGAGCCUUUGCGAAGCGCGAAGCAGCCGACAGGGUCAAUUCCUUCUACCUCAUUGAAGAGCGUGCGCAGAAUCCCAAGGUCGCGGACAAGAUCUUUAUCAUUUACCAAGGGAAGAAAUGGACAUUCAAACAAUGUUACACCAUGGUUCUGCGAUACGCAGGCUACCUGCACAGCACGCACUCCAUUGCACCUGGCGAGGUCGUUGCCAUAGACUUCAUGAACUCCCCACAAUUCCUCUUCCUUGCCAUGGCGAUCUGGUCCUUGGGCGCGCUGCCAGCGUUCAUCAAUUACAAUUUGGUCGGCAAUCCCUUUGUUCACAGUGUCAGAACAUCGUCCGCAAGGUUGUUGGUUAUUGACCCCGAAGUCGCCCCAAAAGUGCUCAGCGAGGAGACAAAGGCUGUCUUUGCAGCUCCAGAUUUCCGAAAUCAAGCAUUCCCUCUGGAAGUGGUGGUCCUGGACACCGGCCUCCAGUCAUCUCUCGAAUACUUCCCACCAUAUCGGGCCCCGGACACUGCUCGAAGUGGUGCCCUCGGUCGAUCGCCAUGCGUCUUAAUAUCCACUUCAGGGACGACCGGCCUCCCCAAAGCGGCCAUUGUUCCCUGGGAUCGCACCGCAGUCGCCUCAGGUCUCAUCUAUCGGUGGUUGGGAUUACGAAACGUGACGUCGAAAAACCCCGACCGUUACUAUACGGCAAUGCCAGUUUACCACGCCUCUGCAUUCCAGCUGGGUUUCCAUUGCUGUCUUAUAGGCGCGUGUACUCUGGUCCUAGGCCGGAAAUUCUCAGUCUCCAACUUCUGGGAUGAAGUCAUCACCGCUGAUGCUACCGUUAUUCAGUAUGUCGGAGAAACCCUGCGAUAUCUUCUCGCCGUCCCUCCGCAACCCAACGAUCGCACAAAGCACAAGGUCCGUCUCGCAUUUGGUAACGGCCUUCGACCGGAUGUAUGGGACAGGUUUCGCUCACGCUUCGGCGUGGAAACCGUCGCUGAAUUCUAUGGCGCCACCGAGUCCAUAGGGGCGUCCUUCAACAUGUCCCGAAACACGUUCUCAUCAGGGGCAAUCGGUCAAGUGGGCCUCUUGGGCAGUCUGCUCCUCAAGCUGAGGCAAACCGUCGUCAAGGUCGACUGGGGAACCGAGGCACCAUAUCGGGAUCCCAAGACAGGAUUCUGCGUCGAACUUCCGCUAGGCGAACCCGGCGAGGUUUUGUAUAGGAUAGACGCUGCAGAUAUCGGGGCCAAGUAUCAAGGCUACUUUGGCAACAAAAAGGCUAGCGACGCGAAGAUUCUCAGAGACGUCCUCCAAAAGGGUGACGCCUGGUUCCGUUCCGGGGACGUUAUCAAAAUCGACAAGGAAGGACGUAUCUGGUUCCAGGACAGGAUAGGAGACACUUUCCGCUGGCGGAGCGAGAACGUCUCGACUGCCGAAGUGGCACAAGUGCUCGGGCAACAUCCAGCCGUGCUGGAAGCGAACGUUUAUGGCGUAGCGAUACCGAACCACGAAGGCCGCGCGGGAUGUGCUGCCGUGCUCCUUGAGAAUGUGGACACGAACACGACGCCCGUACCGGCGUCUCUGCUCGAAAGCCUCGCCACGUACUCGAGGAACAGUCUGCCGAAAUACGCUGUGCCGGUAUUCCUCAGGAUCGUCACGAAAGUCAUGGCUACAGGGAACAACAAGCAACAGAAACACGUGUUGAGGCAGGAGGGCGUCGACCCGGACAAGGUGGGCGAGGAAAGAAUAUUUUACCUCAGGCCCGACAGCGAGCGGUACGAGCCGUUUGGCAAGGCCGAGUGGGAGGCCGUGAAAGCUGGCAAGGUGAAAUUGUGA